AUGAUCGCUAAGUUAAUUCGGUUCGCCUGCCUUAUCGGCUUUGCUAGUGCCAGCGGUUGGCAUGGCUCUGAUUACUCCGCUAUCGGCUACGGAUCUAGUAUUGGCUAUGGUCACGGUGGUUACUCAACCUACGUCUCUCCUUCUUACGCUGCACCUCUUGUCUCAAAAGCUGUCUACGCUGCACCAGUUGUCGCUAAAGCGGUCGUCCCUGCAUAUUCAUACGCUCCAUAUGCGCCAGCAAUUUCUACAGUAUCCCGUUACCAAGUUCACUCAUCACCGAUUAUCAAGUCUUACGUUGCUGCUCCUGUGGUAAAAUCCUAUAUUGCCGCUCCUGUAGUGAAAUCUUAUGUCGCUGCACCUAUUGUUAAGUCAUAUGUAGCUCCAGUUUCUUCCUACUCAUCGUAUUCUUCUGCCUAUCCAAUUGCCAUUGGCCACGGCUACAGCAGUGGUAAUGCCGGCAUCAGUAGUGACUAUUUGGGCAGCUACUCUGGCUAUGGUUAUGGUGGCUAUGGAUCCAAAUACUUGUGGUAA